CGCAAUGUUAGAUACAUCUUCAUCCUCUCUCUCUCUCUCAUCAGUGCGUACUUAGAUUGUUUAUCUACCCACGGCCAUGGAUCUUAUUAACAUGUUCUUGAACCUUGUAGCUCCUCCCUUCACCUUCUUCACUCUCCUGUUUUUGUUGCCACCCUACCAGGCUCUCAAGUGCUUCCUCUCGCUCUUGACCUUCGUCUUCCAUGAAAACGUCGCUGGCAAGGUCGUCCUCAUCACCGGCGCUUCCUCCGGCAUAGGCGAGCACCUUGCUUAUGAGUACGCAAGGAGAGGGGCAUACCUGGCCCUCUCAGCAAGGAGGGAGAAUCGUCUACGCUCAGUUGCAGACAGGGCGCUAGAGUUGGGUGCUCCUGAUGUUAUUGCAGUACGGGCCGAUGUUUCGAGGGUCGAUGAUUGUAGGCGGUUUGUUGAAGAAGCAGUGAAUCACUAUGGCAGAUUGGACCAUGUGGUGAACAAUGCUGGGAUCUCACACGUCUGCAUGCUUGAAGAAGUGGACGAUGUCACCAACCUCAGACCCGUUAUGGACAUCAACUUCUGGGGUUCGGUUUACACCACCCGGUUCGCUGCGCCUCAUCUAAGAAACACAGGAGGCAAGAUCAUUGCUCUCUCAUCAUCGGCUUGGUGGUUGACAUUGCCGCGAAUGAGCAUCUACAACGCUAGUAAGGCCGCGAUGUUUGCCUUGUUCGAGACUUUGAGAGUUGAAUUUGCGCCGGAGAUCCACAUCACCAUUGUUACUCCCGGGUUUAUUGAGUCUGAACUGACCCAAGGGAAGUACCUCGCAAAGGAUGGAAAACUCACAUUGGAUCUAGACAUAAGGGAUGCACAAGUAGGUAUAGUCCCGGUGCAAAGAGUUGACGCCUGCGCAAGGGCGAUCGUGAACGGGGCUUGCCGUGGGGAAAGAUAUGUGACUGAGCCCAAAUGGUUCAGGGUUACCUACUGGUUGAGUGUUGUCGUCCCGGAGGUGAUAGAUUGGACUUACAGAAUGCUGUACAUGACAAGCCCCGGGGAACCGGCUUACGAGGCGUUUACCAAGAAGAUCCUCGACAUGACCGGUGCGCACAGAGUCCUCUAUCCGGAGACAAUCCAGACUCCGGAGAUCAAAACGGACUAAACUCUCUCUCUCUCUCUCUCUCUCUCUCCUUUAAGUACUAUGGAGAUGGUGUUGAUUAGUUAUAGAAAGGUUUUUCUUCCUCUUUCCCUGUUCUUUGUUUCUAUGAAUAAGCAGCAGGAUAUAUAUGGUGUGUGUGAUGGCAUGGAGCUAGGGUUCAACUGUUGUAAAUUAAGCGCUCUGCAUUUUAUUGGUUAUUUCGUUG